AUGGGGUUGGCCAGCAGAGCUGUCGGGAAGCUAGGGGUGCUGAAAUGGAUACCCCCGCUCUGGCGGUUAGCGCUGUUCUUUUUCUCCAUCAGGCAAUUGGAUGCUCAAGCAGCCAAACCCAGAUACAUUUGGCAAACAGGUCCAUGGGGUCGAUGCAUGGGCAGCGAGUGCGGCCCCGGCGGCAGCCAAAGCAGAGCAGUAUGGUGCGCUCACUCUGAAGGUUGGACCACUCUCCACACCAACUGCGACCAGUCAGAACGGCCCAACAACCAACAAAUCUGUUUUAGAGUGUGCGACUGGCACAAAGACUUGUAUGACUGGCAACUGGGCGCGUGGAACCAAUGCGUUCCCGUGUCAAUGCGCAGCGCGGGGGUGCCACGGCCCACCGUGUGCACUCGGGGCGAGGAGGGGAUACAGACCCGCGAGGUAGGAUGUGUCCAGAAAGCUAACGGUGAGCCGGCGGAGGACGCCAUCUGUGAAUACUUUGAACCCAAACCCCGUCUGGAGCAGGCCUGUCUCAUCCCGUGUCCUCGGGAUUGUGUGUUGUCAGAGUUUAGUCCGUGGACGCCCUGUUCUAAAACUUGCGGGAUGGGCUUACAGAACAGAAUUCGCGUCGUUCUCGCGGCGCCGUUGUUUAACGGGGCGGCCUGCUUAAACCUAACGGAGUUUCAGACGUGCCAACCGGGAUCGUGCGAAGGGGAAGAGAGCCAGUAUAGUCUGCGGGUCGGAUCCUGGGGGCCGUGCUCCGUGCCGGUCGCGAGGCAGGCCAGACAUACGGACGAGCCGACACGUGAGAGUGACGAGCCGUCCGGAGAAAGUGAAAAGUUAGCAAAAAGACAGGGGAAAAAACAGUCUAAAAGAAGGGACAAACAGAGCAGAGACAAGGGGGACGAACUUGCAAGAGAUGGAGACAAACCACUAAAGUCCAACAGGAAAUUGGGCAAGGUGAACAGGAAACCAGACAGACCUUCUCGUCAGGCAGACCGGCCCCCCCGACAGAGAAAGGUUAAAAACAAAGAAAAACGAGAGAAAAUUAAAGUCCGAGAGAGGGGUAAGGUCAAAGAUCCGGAGACCAGAGAACUUAUCAAAAAGAAACGCAACAGAAACCGCCAGAAUCGCCCCGGAGGAAAGUUCUGGGAUCUGCAAAUCGGUUACCAGACAAGAGAAGUCACCUGUGUGCACAGGAGCGGGAGUGUUGAAGCUCUAAGCCUGUGCUCACGUGAGUCUCUGCCAGUGACCUACCAGGCGUGUGUCAUAACAAAAGACUGCGAUGUGACCGACUGGUCUGAAUGGUCAGCUUGCUCCAAGGAGUGCUAUGACCCCAAUGGGCCAAAUGGUGAGCGGACUCGCACAAGAAAAGUGAGUCAGUUUCCUACUGGAGGAGGGGCCGAGUGUCCCGAGCUGGAGGAGAGCCAGCCGUGCAGUCCUCGGGGAGAAACGGCGCCACCCUGCGUGGUUUACAACUGGAAGAGCACAGAGUGGACAGAGUGCAGAGUGGACUUGCUGCUGAGCCAACAGGACCGUCGUAAAGGAAACCUGACAGGCUUGUGUGGAGGUGGGAUUCAAACACGAGAGGUGUAUUGCGUCCUGGCCAGUGCAGAUAUGCCGUCCAAUAUCACUUCUACCAAGAGCAAAGAAGCACUGCGGCCUGUGAACAAUGAUCUGUGUGUCGGUACGCCCCCAAACACCACUCAGCUCUGCCAUAUAAACUGUCCGGUCGAGUGUGAUGUAUCAGCCUGGAGCGCCUGGGGACCGUGCGCCUUUGAAAACUGCCAGGAUCAAACUGCUAAGAAAGGGUUCAAAAUGAGGAAGCGGAAAAUUGUCAACGAUCCAACUGGCGGAACAGGAAAUUGCCCACACUUGGUCGAAGCAAUACCAUGCGAAGACCCCAGGUGCUACGACUGGCUCGUAGUUAAACUGGAAGCGUGCAUUUCGGAUCAUGAGAUGGAAUGUGGACCGGGAACACGAAAUCCUCAAGUUCAGUGUGUCAACAGUGAUGGUCAACAUGUGGAGAGGCAACUCUGCCGUGAUGCCAUACUGCCGAUGCCAGUCAUCUGUGAGGUGCCUUGCCCAAAGGACUGUGCGAUAAGUCCUUGGACAGAGUGGUCGCACUGCUCCCACACCUGCUCUGGAAAAAAUACAGAGGGCAAGCAGACCAGAGCUCGCUCCAUUUUGGCCUACAAUGCAGAACAGGGUGGAAUGCAGUGUCCCAAUGUCAGUGCCUUACUGGAGGUGAGGAGCUGCAAUGACCACCCCUGCACUGUAUACCACUGGCAGACCGGCUCAUGGGGACAGUGCAUAGAGGACUCCUCCAUCCCGGCCACCAACACAUCUUUAAGCAAUGCGCACGGAGACGAUGCCUCGUGCUCAGUCGGGAUGCAGACUCGCAAAGUCAUCUGUGUUCGGGUUAAUGUUGGCCAGGUGCCUCCAAAGAAGUGUCCGGAAAGCCUGCGUCCAGACACUGUCCGGCCCUGCCUGCUGCCUUGCAAAAGAGACUGUUCGGUCACACCGUACAGUGACUGGAACUCCAACUCACCAACGUGUCAGAAAGGUGGUAAGACAAAAAAGAAGCAAUCUAGGAAACGUCUCAUCAUACAAUUACCAGCCAAUGGUGGGCAAGAAUGUCCAGAAGUGCUGACACAAGAAAGAGAGAUUGAUACGCCUGCUGUCUGUCCAGGUUACAGGUGGAAAACACAUAAAUGGCGAAGAUGCCAAAUGGUUCCGUGGUCCAUUCGUCAGGACAGCCCCGGAGCUCAGGAAACAUGCGGAUCAGGCCUACAGGUUCGAGCUGUUUCUUGUCGCAAGCUGGACGGCGGACAGGCCGAUGUCGAAGCUUGCCUGAAGUUCUCGGGUUCUAUGCCAGCUCUCACGCAGCUCUGCCAGCUGCCCUGCCAAGAGGACUGUCAACUGAGCAGCUGGUCCAAAUUUUCUCCUUGCACGGCCGACUGUGUGGGCGUCAGGGUCCGCAAACGCAUACUUGUAGGUAAGAGCAAAAAGCGAGAACAGUGUAAGAACCACCAGUUGUAUCCCCUGAGUGAGACCAAGUACUGCCCCUGCAACAAAUACAACGCCCAGCCCGUGGGCAACUGGUCCGACUGCAUACUUUCCGAGGGCGGCCGCGCGGAAGGACAACUGGGCAUGAAGGUCCUGGGCGACAUCAAGGAGUGCGGUCAAGGGUAUCGAUACCAAGCUGUGGUUUGCUACGACCAGGAUAAUCGCAUCGUACAGACUUCCCACUGCAACAGUCACGGCUACAUUGAGGAGGCUUGCAUCAUUCCCUGUCCGUCUGACUGCAAGCUCAGCGAGUGGUCCAACUGGUCGCGAUGCAGCAAGUCGUGCGGCAGCGGUGUCAAAGUUCGAUCAAAAUGGCUCCGAGAAAAACCUUACAAUGGUGGAAGGCCGUGCCCCAAACUUGAUCAUGUCAACCAGGCACAAGUCUAUGAAGUGGUCCCUUGUGUCAGUGACUGCGGGCAAUAUGUUUGGGUAGUAGAGCCUUGGAGCAUAUGGAAAGUUACCAAUGCGGACCUGAAGGAUAACUGUGGUGAAGGCGUUCAGACCAGAAAAGUCAGGUGUAUGUUGAACACACUAGAUGGCCCCUCAGAACAGGUGGAGGACUACCUGUGUGACCCAGAGGAGAUGCCUCUAGGAGCUCGCGACAGCCGACUGCCCUGUCCGGAGGACUGUGUCUUAUCAGAUUGGGGAGCCUGGAGUCCUUGCCCGCUGCCCUGUAAUGGGAACAGCACUCGAGAGAGGAGGGCUUCUAUAGCCCGGCAACCCGGAGAGGGGAAGGUGUGUCCUUCGACCACUCAAGCAGAACUUUGCAAACUCAACAGCAAUUGCUUCCACCAUUCCUACAACAUCACCGACUGGAGUACCUGUCAGCUGAGUGAUAGAGCAGUUUGUGGGAAAGGUAUCAAAACACGCAUGCUGGACUGUGUGCGGAGCGAUGGCAAAUCUGUUGACCUGAAGUUCUGUAAAGAGCUUGGCCUCGAGAGGAAGUGGCAGAUGAACGCUUCCUGUGUCGUGGAAUGCCCCGUCAACUGCCAACUGUCCGAGUGGUCGGCGUGGUCCGACUGUACACAUAAAUGCGGACUCCAAGGCAAACUGUGGAGAAGCCGGACAGUCGUCCAGGCCCCCCGGGGUGACGGGAGGCCGUGCCCGACCCAGAUGCAACAGUGGAAGCCGUGCCUCGUGAAGCCCUGCUACAACUGGAGAUACAGCUUAUGGUCUGAAUGCAAGUCAGAGGGUGCAAGGUGUGGAGAAGGCUUGCGCUUCAGGAACAUUUCAUGCUUUGUGUCAGAUGGAUCAGACUUACCGGGAGGUCUUGUGGAUGAUGAAAUGUGUGGAGAACAAGAACCUGCGGUAGAUGGAGAUCCAAAGAUUAUACUGCAGGACUCCUGCACAGUACCUUGUCCAGGGGAAUGCUACUUGACUGACUGGACAGUUUGGAGUCCGUGCCAGUUGAUCUGUUUCGGCGGGGAAGAUCUGGGUUACGGCUCAGUGCAAGUCCGCUCUCGCGCCGUUGUCGCGCAAGACCCCGAGAAUCUGCUUCAGUGUCCAGAACAGGAGCUGGAGGCCCGACCGUGCACAGGGGGACGGUGUUUUGAAUACACAUGGCAAGCUGGACCGUGGAGAAGCUCAUCACGGCACGUCUGGUGCCAGCGUUCGGAUGGCCUGAAUGUCACAGGAGGGUGCCCGACAACAUCCAAACCAAUAGCCGACCGAUCAUGUGACCCUCCCUGCAUCAAGCCACGUUCCUUUUGUACAGAGUCGGGUGUUUGUGGCUGCGAGGAGGGCUACACAGAAGUGAUGACCUCUGACGGCCUACUAGACCAGUGCACUGUUAUCCCAGUGCUUGAACUCCCCACCGCCGGUGACAGCAAAGCAGAUGUCAAGACCAUACGAGCCUUCAACCCCACCCAGCCGGCGUUCGGCCCCAAUGGCAGGGCGGGACGCACCUGGUUUCUGCAGCCAUUUGGUCCAGAUGGAAAGCUGAAGACUUGGGUGUAUGGAGUAGCAGCAGGAGUCAUUGUUCUGCUUGUCUUCAUGAUGUCAAUGACUUACUUAGCAUGUCGUAAUUGUUUUUGCCUUUGCAAUGAGCCAAACUCCAAGUCCCCUGGAGAUGGCUUGUACUGGAUGGACCCAAACAGCUACACGGUGCCUUACAUCUGCCCUGCCUGUCAGAACUUAGAACAGCAAGAGAUCUGCCAACUCCAGAAGCAACAACGAGAUGCGGUUCAACAAGCUCCUCGAGCAUCUCGACAAGCACUAGAAUGCUCCGCGUCUCGCUUUGAAACGCUAAUCACUUAA